AUAGGCACUUUUGCUUUUUUGGGGGUAAGUUGGCCAGCUGUUUGUUGUUGGGGCUCAUCGGAUUCAGAGUGGUUUCGUGUGAUCGUUUUGAUUGGAUUUGUGUAUCAAAUUGACACGAGUUUUAAAAGAAUGAAGCGACAAAAUGUCCGAACUUUGUCACUGGUGGUGUGCACAUUUACCUAUUUGCUGGUGGGAGCAGCAGUUUUCGACGCUCUCGAAUCGGACACGGAAGAAAAACGUCAUCAAGUAACCGAUGAAAUGAGGAGUUACUUUUUGGAUCGAUACAAUAUUAGUGAUCCCGAUUACAAACUCAUCGAAACGGUCAUACUCGAAAGUAGACCUCACAAAGCUGGGCCUCAGUGGAAGUUUUCUGGAGCGUUCUAUUUUUCGGUCGUAGUUGUAGCGCUGAUUGGAUAUGGGCAUUCGACACCGGCAACUCUAAGCGGAAAGGCAUUCUGCAUCGCUUACGCCAUGAUAGGCAUUCCAUUGGGCAUUUUCAUGUUUCAAAGUAUCGGCGAGCGUUUAAAUAAAUUAAUCUCAAUACUCAUCCGCAACGUCAAAGCCAUUUGCAAGCUGAAAAAGACCGAAGCAACCGAAAUCGAUUUGAUGGCUGUAACAGGUUUCCUGUCGUCGCUCAUCCUAAUGACAGGGGCAGCCGUUUUCAGUCGCUACGAAGGAUGGACUUACCUGGACAGCUUUUACUACUGCUUCGUCACUUUGACAACGAUUGGAUUUGGCGACUUUGUCGCUCUACAAAAUGAUCGUGCACUUACCAAUCGCCCUGGUUACGUUGCCUUCUCGCUGGUCUUCAUCCUGUUUGGAUUGGCAGUUGUUGCCGGUUGCAUGAACUUGCUGGUUCUUCGCUUCAUGACGAUGAACGCCGAGGAUGUCAAACGAGAUGACGCAAUGGAUGUCGCCUCUUAUCGCGGCGGGCUAAGUCUUGAUGGCGAUACAAUCAACUUCACGAACGGAUUCAGCAACGGAAAUAAAUUUUCAGCAGCCAGCGAGAUAAAAGGACCCGAUAAUGCUUUCGAGUCUGAUCAAGUUUCGGUCUGUUCGUGCACCGGAUGCUCCUGUUUUGGCAACAGGACCACCAACAUCUUUGGCUUCAACGAUGAUAACUAUUCCAUCACCAAAAGCAGAGGCCGAAAGAACAGUUGGGCAAUGCAGAUACAUGUACAGGAAAAGCAUCGUAUUUGGCGCUAUCCUAAUUGGCGCCGACGCAGCUCUUCGAUUAAUCGCAGUGGAAGUCGCCUAUCAUCAAGACUCACAUUUGGAAUCGACUCUGUCUGGGGCCAGCAAGACACACGACCCCUUCCGCCUCCAUCCAGGAGUCGUGAUAUGAACGACGUCUACAAUAAUUUCAAAAGCGAAUUCUGUUUUAAUGGUAGAGAAAAACGAGCAUCGAUUUAAAUUAAAUUUAACUAAUUAUAAAAAAUUGUGAGAAAUAACAGCUGUAUAAUCUUUUUUUAAGUAUUGCGCACAAAUUUAAAGGCGAAGCCCCACGAUUAAAAUUUACCUUUGGUUAUAGUUUAGCAGAAGUGAAAAUAAAGCAGUUGUAUCAGACUACAUAUAUGCCAUAAAUUGUUUUUCUACGUUCUUUUAACUCUAGGCAGUAUGCCUAAAAUUGCUCAACUGAGAUCAUUAUUACUAC